AUGAGGUUUUUUAACUUAAUUCCUUUAUUUUCUUUAAUUAUUUCUAAUUUAAUUCUUUUGGUCUCUUCCGCUGAGCCCCAAUUUCGAAAUCCAGUGAAUUGCGCUAAUUUGCCCGAUGGAAAUUAUGUUUGGGGUUGUAGUCGUUUUUAUUCAAUCUGCACUAAUGGACGAGAAUUAGCAAUGAAUUGCUAUCAUAAUUUAAAAUUAAAUCCCGGAACAAAUCAAUGCGAAGAACCCCAGUCAAUCCCGAUUUGUGCAAAUGGAGGAUCUGCUUAUUCCCAUCAAUUAUAUCGAGCUAAAGAUCCAUUUACUUGUAAUGGCAAACCAAAUGGGGAAUAUGAAUCAAGUGUUUGUUCUUCCACGUAUAUAACUUGUGAUAAUGGAAAGAAACUUGAAAGAGAAUGUCCUUAUGGUUUGGCAUAUAAUCAAAAGGCUGGGGCUUGUGAUAGAAAGGAAAAAUGCAAAACUGAUAGAGCACCGGGACAAGGAAGUGUUCGAAAAAUGCGAGCUUCUAGUCCAUUUGAGGAUAGUUUCGGAGGAUAUGAAGCACCAAUUGCUAAAUUUGCCGGUGGACCUCCAGCUUUUGCUCCCCCAAUUUAUGCACCUCCCAGCUAUGGACCAACACCUCCACCAGUUCCUCCAACAACUACAAAACCACCACCUGUUUAUGUUCCUGUUACACCCGCUCCACCAGCAUAUAUUCCCCCUCAACCACCAGCACCGCCAUCUUAUGUUCCUCCCUCUCCGCCAGCACAACCUCCUGCUUAUGCACCUCCAAGCUAUGUCCCAACACCUCCACCCGCAUAUAACCCAGCACCUCCACCUGCAUAUGGCCCAGCACCUCCAACUGCAUAUGGCCCGGCACCUCCACCUGCAUAUGGCCCAGCACCUCCUCCACAAUUCGACUGCUCCUCAAAGCCUGAUGGUUUAUAUGAAUUACCUUCUGGAGGUUGCACUGAUAAAUUCUGGAAAUGUGCAAAUCAACGAGCAUUCCUUUACCAAUGUCCCCCAAAUUUGGCGUAUUAUGCUGUUGGAAAAUACUGUGACUACAAAUUUUACGUUCCUGCAUGUGGAGGAUCACCCCCACCAGUACAAACAUCCACUGCUGGUCCUCCUCCACCACCUACUUAUGACUGCUCCAAAAAAUCUGAUGGACUCUACGGUGCUGGAAAUUGUACCUCUUCUUAUUUCUUUUACUGCUCUGCCGGUAAAACAACUGUAAUGCAAUGUGCUUCGCCUCAAUUGGUCUUUGAUGAAGUUAAUCAAGUCUGCGAAUAUUCUGGAGACUGUGGGAAACAUAAGCCAAAACCUCCCAGCUACGGACCACCAGCACCUCCAAGCUACGCACCCCCAGCACCUCCAAGCUACGGACCACCAGCACCUCCGAGCUACGCACCCCCAGCACCUCCAAGCUACGUACCACCCCCACCUCCAUCUUAUGGAUAUCGAAAAAAACGCAAUGUUCCUCAACCACCACAAUAUCCACCUCCACAACCUAUCCAGCCUUAUGUACCACCUCCCGUUUCUUUCAAUUGCAGCGGAAAAGCUGAUGGUUAUUAUGUAAAGGAUGGAUGUUCAAAAGAUUAUUAUACUUGCACUAAUGGAAUUGCUUACUCAACAACAUGUCCAGGCUCUCUUUUCUUCAAUAUUGCCUCAAAACAGUGUGACUACAAGGAAAAUUGUCCCCCACCUCCUACACCUCCUCCACCACCACCAUCUUCUCAAUAUUCUCCUCCAGCACCAAUUCCUCCACCACAAACUCCCCCACCUCCACCAAUUAGUUGUAAAGGAAGGAAGGAUGGAUUCUAUUAUCAAAAAGCUUGUGAAGGACAUUACUACGUUUGCAGUGGGGAAAGUGCUUUUACUCAAUACUGUCCAGCUGGAACUUUGUUUGAACCAGCAAAAGCUGAGUGUACAUUUAAAGAAGAAUGUGGAAAGACCCCUCCACAGCCAUAUACUCCCCCACCAAGUGUUUAUACCCCACAACAAGUCCCCCCUGGUUCUCCUGAUACAGUCAAAAUUCCUUCUCCUCCAUCUUCUCCCUCUUAUGGAGAAUUUAAUUGUCAUGGAAAAGCUGAUGGUUAUUAUUACCAACAAAAUUGUCAACCAAUUUGGAUUAUUUGUACUGGUGGAUAUACUUAUAAACAAAGUUGUGCCCCUGGAACUCUUUUUGACACAAAACAGAAUGGAUGUACAUUUGCUGCUGAAUGUGGCAAAGGAAAAUAGUAAA